ACUUUAUAUUUUUACUCUCUUGCAGAGCAAAGAGUGGAAGAUGUACGACUGAUUCGAGAGCAGCAUCCAACUAAAAUACCUGUGAUCAUCGAAAGGUACAAGGGAGAGAAGCAGCUUCCAGUUUUGGAUAAGACCAAGUUCCUGGUGCCAGAUCACGUCAACAUGAGUGAGCUCAUCAAAAUCAUCAGGCGACGCCUGCAGCUGAACUCCAACCAGGCCUUCUUCCUGCUGGUGAACGGGCACAGCAUGGUGAGCGUCUCCACGCCCAUCUCCGAGGUGUACGAGAGCGAGAAGGACGAGGACGGCUUCCUCUACAUGGUGUACGCCUCGCAGGAGACCUUCGGCGCGAGACCUUCCCUCUAAGGAGGCUUCUAGCCUAGGAUUUGGGUUCUCCCUCUGGCCAUCACCCCCCGCCCUGCCCCAGGCCCCCCCGGGAAGGAAACGGAUGUCACCUCCGCCCUCGGUUCCUUAGCAUAGUCUUGCUUUAGCGGGCGCCUCGUCUUGCCUCGCCUCGGCCGCGACUAUCACGCAGCACAGACGAGCACCUCCAGCUUUGAAACCCGCUCUCCUGUUCCACCCAGGCACAUCCACAUUUCUGGACUCUCCGAAAGGAAUCCAACUGUGCAUGUGUGACGCGUUGCAAAGAAAGGGACACUCGACUGACUUCUUUUAACAAGCAAACAGGCACCAGGGAGGAGCUGAAGUGGUUUGUGUGACAGUUUUCUGGAAAAUCUCCCUAUGAUUCCUUAAA